CAGUUCAGUUCAGUUCAAUUAUUAAUUGGUUUUGAGAAUGGAAACCGAAACGAGUAGCAAUUGUGUAUGUCCACUAUUGCUUGAAGGCGUUCAUUAUACACCGGAUAGUAUUAAUUUGACACAAGAUAACGAUGCACGAAUAUAUUGGAUCAAGUGUUUUGCGGAAUUAGUGAAACGUUUUGUUAUCAAAUCAGAAAUAUUACAUCCGAAUGAUCCAACCGCUAAACAACGGGCUGACGAAUGUUGUCAAAGAUAUUUACAAGUUUUGAAUUCGCUACUUGAUAAUCCACAGUUAUUAGGCCCGGAACCGCUGAGUAUACGUGAAUUACUGGAUUUAAAUGAACGUUAUUUACGUGAGAAUGGUUUUAAAGAUGCCUGGUAUGCCCAGAAAGAAUAUGAGACCGUAUUGGCUUUAGAACAAUUACCCGAACGUUUAUUAGAAGUGGAUUCAUUGAAUGAAGGUCCUCAACGAUGGGAAUCGUUAUGUCAAGGUCUAUUAGCUGGGAAUAUGUUUGAUUGGGGUGCAAAAAUUGUAGCGGAUUUAUUAGAGAAACCACAGAAAUUUGAAUUGGCACAGGCAUUGUUACAAAUUGAAUCUCGUCCAUGGCUUGUGGAUAAUUUGGACAGUUGGUUACGUCGAUUAGAGGGUCCAAAACAUAAAUGCGCCGCAAUAUUUGUGGAUAAUGCUGGUAUAGAUUUUACACUUGGUAUAUUACCAACGGCCAGAGAAUUAUUACGACAAGGUACAAAUGUUUAUUUAUGUGCGAACACGUUACCUGCUUUAAACGAUCUAACUUAUCCAGAAUUAUUAACAACUGUACAGGAAGCAUCCAAAUGUUGUAUGAUUAUUAACGAUGCAUUCAAUUCUGGACGAUUACAAGCCUUUCAAACAGGACAAACUGGUCCAUGUUUAGAUUUACGAAAAUUACCAUCAGCGCUGUGUAAAGCAAUGCAUGACGUGGAUUUAGUGAUAUUAGAAGGAAUGGGUCGAGCAUUACACACGAACUUGUAUGCAAAAUUAUCAGUGGAUUGUUUAAAAUUAGCUGUUGUGAAGAAUGAAUGGCUUGCAAAUCGUUUAGGUGGAAAGAAAUUCUCAGUGAUAUGUCAAUAUGAACCUGGUGCGCCUUCCUAAGUCAUUAACAUUAAUUAAUAGCCUUGGAGUCCGUCACAGUCAAACUGUACUUACAUAGAUUUGGAAUCACUACUAUUUAACGAUAAGUACAAUAUGGACUAGGUGUGCCAGGAUUGAUCAUGACACAAAUAUUUUUUGCCACGAUUUUUUUUUAUUAUUAACUGAUGUGACAGAAAUUUUGGUCAAGUUUUUAGCUGUCACAUCGAAAUAUUUCGAAAAUAGAACUCAAAAUUAACAAAUUGAAAAAAAAAAGAAGGAAUUCGAUAAGGGGUAAACCCUCGCACACCUUGUACAUAUUGUACCUUAAACAGUAUUGAUUCAUAUGCGAAAUUUCGAAAUUCGUGUAAGUGCAGUUUUACUGUGACGGGUU